AUGCGCACGGUCCUGGGCAGACUGGGCAUUAUAAUCGAGCUCUCUCGGAGCCUAUUCUCUUCCGAAACGAAACGAGACAACUUGCGGGCCAGGUCGCGGCAGCUGAGAAGCCGGAGUGGCCUCAGUCCACCCGGCCUCCUGAGGUCAGCCAGAGAGGUGGGUGGGGCCCGCGCCAGGUGCCGAGGGAUGCUGUUCUACCAUAGGUUGGGGCGUAUGGGGGCGGGGCUCCGCCUCCCGCCUCUGACAAUUUGGGCUGCGGCUGCAGCCUCCGAGUCUUGUGGGUUCGGUCCGCUCCGGUCCAGCUCCCUGCGCGUCUCCCCCGGCUCCGCUCUCCCGGCGGCCCCGGCCCCAGCCCCGGCCAUGAAGCGAAUCUUCUCCUGCUCCAGUUCACAGGUGGCGUCCUCUGAAGGUUCACCUUGCUGUUUGGCCAGCCCAACUGGCAGUGCCAGAGGAGGAGCAGCCCGCUUGGCUGUUUCCCAGGUGGAGAAAUGGAACCGCCGUGACCAGAAACUCCUAGAAGCAGUGCAGCGGGGAGACGUGAGUCGGGUGGCUGCUCUAGCCUCCAGGAAGACUGCCCGUCCCACCAAGCUAGACUCCCACGGCCAGUCCCCGUUCCACCUAGCAGCAUCCAAAGGGUUGACGGAGUGCCUGACUGUACUAUUGGCUAAUGGGGCCGAAAUUAACAGCAAGAAUGAAGAUGGAAGCACCGCCCUGCACUUGGCUACUAUUUCCUGCCAGCCACAGUGUGUCAAGGUCCUGCUGCAGCAUGGUGCCAAUGAGGAUGCAGUGGAUGGAGAAAACCGAAGUCCUCUGCACUGGGCUGCCUCAUCUGGCUGCGCCUCUAGUGUACUGCUACUAUGUGAUCAUGAAGCUUUCCUGGAUGUCCUCGAUAAUGAUGGACGGACUCCCCUGAUGAUUGCAUCACUGGGUGGACAUGCGGCCAUUUGUUCCCAGCUCUUGCAGAGAGGCGCCCGGGUCAAUGUCACAGACAAGGAAGACAAAUCGGCUUUGAUUCUGGCCUGUGAGAAGGGGAGUGCAGAGGUGGCAGAGAUGCUCCUGAGCCAUGGGGCAGAUGUAGGGGCUGUGGACUGCAUGGGCCAUGAUGCCUUAUACUAUGCCCUGCGCACCCAAGACAAGGAGUUAUGGAGGCUGCUUCGCCAGGCGCUGAACCGCCGCCAGCGUGGAGGCCAAGGGCUGGCUCCACAUCCUGAUCCGUCAUCUCAGGACUCCCCACCAAAGAGCCCAAGGACAGCAGAGCCAGAGGAAGAGGAUGGUGAAGAGGAAGGAGGUGAGGACAGGUGCAGCCCCCAGGAGUGGAGAAAGAAGUAUGAAGCAGAGAGAAAGAAAGUCUCCCAGCUGGAGCAGGAGUUGGUACAAAAGGAAGAAGAGUGUAAGGCCCAGGCUACAGCCUGCCAGGGUCUGGAGAGCCGGGUUCGAGAGCAGGUACAAGAGCUGGGAGUGCUCUUAGCCAGAGAGUGUAGAGACGAAGGUGGGCAAGGUCCUAGUCCACGGCCUGGUGGGGAUGGCAUGGAGCAGGGCUGUGUUCUGGAUCUGUUGGCUGAGCAAGUACAAGAAUUGAAGAGACAGAAACAGGCUACGGCAUCACAAGUAUCCAAACCUCGGGAGCCGCAGUACGAAAGCCAGGGGAUGGCCCAACCAGAGGAGCAGAGGCCCCCGCUGCAGAGCCCAGUGGAGAAGGCCCCAAGGAAGGCCAAAGGAGAGCAGCUGGCUAAUGCGGGAGGGGUUGUGCCAGGUCAGGGAAGAGGAGACCAAGUGCUUCCCCUCAAAGAGGAGAGAGCGAGGGCUCCAGGUGCCGAGCCAGCAGGCAUGGUUGCCUUGGGCCAGCUUCUGCUGCAGCUGAGAGAGGAGCUGACUGCAGUGUGGCGGGACAAGGAUGCAGCCCGAGGGGUCCUGGGCAGACCAGCUGGAAACAGGGUUUGGGGGGCAUCCCAGGCUGAGGCUGCAGCAGCGGCCUGGGAGAAGAUGGAAGCUCGGUUAGAGCAGGUGCUGGCCAGGCUGGAUCGGGCCAAGGCUGGAUUGAACGUGGAGACUGUACCUUCUGUCCCGGAGUCCCAAGAGGGAGCUCUACCCCGAGCCAAAACCAUUACCGUGGCAACAAGCCCCACCGGCGAGGGCAAGGGAAAGGAGGAAAGGGCCCAUGAAGCUCGGGGGGAACCCCUCGGAGCUCCAGGAGGGGGCCAGGCCCCAGAAGGGACUGGCGCAAAGGGACAGCUGGAGAAGGAGGUGUCGGCCCUGAGACUGAGCAACAGUAACCUGUUGGAGGAGCUGAGUGAGCUGGGACGGGAGCGUCAGCGGCUGCAGGGAGAGCUGCACGCCCUGAGCCAGAGACUGCAGAGAGAAUACAUGCCCAGGCCGGAGGCCCAGGGCCAGCUGCAACAGCUACGUAGCAGCGUGGGGCUGUUGGCGGAGGAGCUAGCGGCGGAGAAGGAAGCCGCGGAACAGCUCCGCCGGCGCCUGGAUGCCCAGAGCACCGGCCUGCAGGGGCUGCGGGAAUGCCUGCCUCCCAACCUGGUGGCCGCAGGGAGCCCCCGCGGGGCAGCCCCUGACCCCCUGGAGGAGCUGCAGGGCUGUGUGGGCGCCCUGGUGGCCAGGUACAACGAGGCGCAGCGGGAGCUGGCCAAACUGGAGAGAGAAAACCAGCGGCUGAAGGGCCACGGCAGGGACGUCGUGGCUCCCCAGGCUGUCCCCCGGGUAGCUGCCCUGGAGCAGGACCUGGGGAAACUAGAGGAGGAGCUGCGUGCGGUACAGGCCACCAUGGGUGGGAAGAGCCAGGAGAUUGGGAAGCUGAAGCAUCUGCUGUACCAGGCCACGGAGGAGGUGGCCGAGCUUCGAGCGCGGGAAGCGGCCAACCUGAGACAGCAGGAAAAGAGCCGGGCAUCCCUGGUGGCCCAGGCACAGACUUGGGGCCAGGAGCUCAAGACUUUGCUGGAGAAGUACAACAGUGCUUGCAGGGAGACCGGGCAGCUGCGGGAGGUGGUGGCGGAGGAGAGGCGGCGGAGCCGGGAGCUGGCUGCCCGGGCCACUGAGCAGGAGCGCCAGGCCAGUGAGCUGCGGGGCCGCUCAGAGCAGUUUGAGAAGGCUGGUGAGUUGCUGAAGGAGAAGAUGGACCAGCUGAUUGGGGCCUGCAGGGAGAAGGAGGCGAAGAUCAGGGAGUUGCUGAAGAAACUGGAGCAAAUGUCAGCUGAAGUCCUUGCUGUUCGAGGGGAAAAUACCCGCCUUGUGCUACAAUUGCAGGAUUCCCAGAAGAACCACCAGGAAAUCAUCUCCACCUAUAGGAACCAUCUGCUUAAUGCUGCUCAGGGUUAUAUGGAACAGGAUGUAUACAAGAUUCUUCUACGGAUCCUCAAGAUGCAGGAGUGAGCCCCCCUGGACGGUGCUGGAUAUGAGACUUCUCUGCUAGGGCAAGGGCAGCAUCAGAGGCCAGAACCAUGGACACGGUGUGGUGGUGGUGGUGGGGCUGGCCGAUAGCAGUGGUAUGGGCUGGACUUCCCUAACAUGAAGGACCCCAGAUCUGAGAAGCUAGACCUUGGAUGCAAGACUGAUGGAACCAGAAAAAAAAAGCAUGGAAGAAACCAGUUUUGUGGGAAAUAAAGCAGGCGGCAGUAUGAUGUUGGA